AAUCUGCCGAUAAACCCACUAAAGAAAGAAAGAGCUCACGUCUGAUGUGUUUGUUUAUCUCUCUUCUUUAGUGUUUUGUUGAGUGUAAACAGAGUCUUUUCUCUGUGUAUUUUAGUGUUGAGAUGUUGAUGAUGACAGACGAGAUGUGCUGUAAGUCAAUCGGAACUGAUCUGUCCAUGCUGGAUAUUGAUGAUUUCAUCACAGAAAUCUCUCAGCUGAAGAAAGAGGUGGCGUUACUGGAGACAAAGCUGAGGUCAAGAGGAGAUGAAGGAGUGAAGAGAGAGGAUGUGGAUUGUUGUGAAUCUUCAGUGUAUGUGACUGAUGGAUGUCUGGAUUCAGUGUUGAUGAGCAGAGAUCAGAGCCGCACACCACAGCCACUGCUGGACUCUAAACUCUCUGAAGAGAAAUCCAGACACACACAGGACUCAGAGCUCAGUCUCACUUUACUCUGUUAUACUGAGUCAAAGCCCACAGACGCUCAGGACACUGUGUGUGACAGAUCUACUGAUCAAACCUCCACAGAGUCUCUGGAUUCUGUCUGUAACGCUGGAGAACAGCAGCAGAUCCUGCAGACCACACUGAAGAUGUGUUCAGUCAAACUGAUCGACUGCACGACCCUGAUGAUGAAGAUUAAAACUGAACCCACAGAAGAGGAAGAUCACACUGAAGAAAAUGUAGACAAUCGUGCGGAUGAUUUUAUUUCAUCAGAUGUGAAGAGUGAAUCAUGUUGUGAUGGAGAAACGUCCUCAACAUCAGAAGAUCGACUGACAGCACAAACUCUUUCCUGCAUCACCUGUGGAAAGACAUUCAGCUCACAGAGACAUUUAGAGACACAUGAGAGAAAACACACAGAACAGAAACUCAGCUUUACUACCUUACAAGAGAAGAAACUUCAUCAUUCAAAAGUGCACGGAGAGAAGAAGAAGAAGAAGAAGAAGUUUUACUGUGAGCAGUGUGGGAAGAAUUUUGACUUCUUAUCUCAGCUGAAAGUUCACAUGAGGACACACAGUGGUGAAAAGCCUUUCUACUGCACUGAAUGUGGAAAUUACUUCACCACCAAACAAAGUCUUGAUGCUCAUCAGAGAAUUCACACAGGAGAAAAACCAUACGAGUGUCCUCACUGUGAGAUGAGAUUCAGACAAAAAAGCAAUCUGAAAAGACAUGUGUUUAAACACACCAAUGAGAGACCGUAUCAGUGCAGUAAAUGUGACAAAGCCUUUAAGAAUUCAGCUUCAUUAAAUUUACACCAGAAAUAUCAUUCUGAAGAGAAACUUUAUCAAUGUUCAUUCUGUGAUAAAAGUUUCUGUCAGAACUCUAAUCUUAUAUGCCACAAGAGGAUUCACACUGGAAAACCUUACAAAUGCUCUCAGUGUGAAAAGACGUUUACUCAGUCAAGUAAUUUAAAAGUCCAUGAGAGAAUUCACACCGGAGAGAAACCUUAUCACUGUAGUCUCUGUGGGAGGAGUUUUGGACAGCAUAAUAGUUUCGUAAUGCACCAGAGAAUUCAUACAGGUGAAAAACCUUACAAAUGCUCAAAGUGUGACAAAACGUUUAAUAAGUCAAGUAACUUAAAAGCCCAUGAGAGACUUCAUACAGGAGAGAAACCUUACAUCUGCUUGAUCUGUGGAGAGAGAUUCACUCAUCAUGGAAGUCUUCAGUAUCAUCAGAAGAAACACAAGGACAUUGAAAUCAUCAUUGUGCCUUAGUGCCUUAAAGUUUUGCAAUUUAUCUGGACUUAUUACACGGCUCUCUUGAAUGCUUGAUUCUGAUUGGUCAGUUGAGACAUUUGCAGGUUCGUUCUUUUCAAAUAAUAACCGCUCCAAAAUAAUAACGCAUAGCCGGCACUACUUGCACGCGUAAAAUCCCUCCGCGCCAACAAAGAUUACCGUCUGGCGCCAUCUUCUGACAAACACUGGACAUUGACAACCACAAUGGAAAAUUUCGACAUUAAUUUUAACAUGUACGGUAAAAACAAAACGUUUGAACAGUGGAUAGAUGACGAUUCAGAUGGCUCCCCUAUUAAGAAGAAAAAACGAAAAUGUAACUACGAAGAACAAACAACGACAAGACACAGAGAGCUUUCUGAGACGGAACUUGACCAAAUAGAGCAUGACAGCUAUGAAGCAAACACAAAAAAAAAUACAGAAUGGGCAAUAAAACUUCUCGAAGACUGGCUAAAAGAGAAAAAAAUGGAGACCGAGUCAGACAAGUAUGAAGCAGAGGAUCUAAAUAAGGUGUUAAGAUCAUUUUAUGCAUCUGUGCAAAGUGCGAACGGUCAGACUUAUUCAAUAGCCAGCUAUAUGGCCAUCAGGACUGGCAUUGCCAGAUAUUUUAAAAAGUUUGAUAUCCUGAAAAGUCCAACCUUAAACUCCAGCAAUGCAGUUUUUAAAUCUACAAUUAAAGCCAUUCGUAAAGCUGGUAAAGACACUAGUCACCAUCAUCCACCGAUCUCGCCAGCAGACAUGCAUCUAAAGGUCUUUACACACCGGGACGUUUUUCGUACGCGUUUAUCGUCGACGUUUAACGUCACGUUUUUCUGCUUUCACACCCAAACGAUUUUUACUGGCUCUGAGCCGAGUGAGGUGCAAUUUCACUCCCUGGACACUAGAUGGCGCCUAAUACAAAACAGAUAUACGCCGGUACACGGGGCGGCGCUGCGAGACGUUAUGCGUCUGUUCUGACACUCACUUGUCACACAGAAGAAGAGAGCCACUCGCGUAUAUAGUCAAUAACCAUUUGUACAUAACCUUUGUACAAACAAUAUCUCCGUAAACUUGAAUACAUUUUUAAAUGAAAUCUAUUUGAUUCGAUUCUUUUAUCAUCAGUUAAUAUAUCAGCAUCUCCACAUAAAAUUAACUAUUUUUGAUAGAACACGUUAUAUCAAAAUUAAAACUCUUUCACAAAAUAUAAGGCAAUGGGUGAUCCGAUGUGUGUACUCUUAACAAAUCUUUUACAAGCAUUUUCUCUGUUAACAAUUUUCUCAAAUUUCCUGCCAAAUGUAUUGUAUUUUGUGAUUUGGCUAAAGAUUUAAGUUCUCAUUUUAACCAAUAUACUCGUUUUAUAGAGGUUGGGUGGGUAGAACAAGGAACCACCAUUUUUGUUGUGCCCAAAAAUUUUAAUACUCCUGCAAAUUGGUAAGUGUUGCCUAUAAAUAUAAUGAUGCAAUAAUUAGGUAUGUAGUUAUUACAAUAAAAGGUCAACAAUACUAAUGUACAAGCAUAGUGCCAAAAUGUCAAUUAGUUUUUUUAAUCAAACAUUUAUUUUUGUGAAUGAACUGCAGUUUGCAAUAACAAUCAGAGACAUGACAGUUUAAAUUAAAUAAAACAGGAUUCAGAAAUGUUGGUCCACUCCAGAAAAGUCACAAUGACUGUAGUGCAACUGAACGGUAGUGCAAAUCAACAUUUAGAAAUUAGACAUUUUCAAAUGUAUUUCUUAAAUGUAUAAACACUUAAAAUACAUAAGUAAAAUGGUAUAUAAUAAACAUUAAUUUGUGUGAACAAGAACUGGCAGAGCUGUAGAGCAAAUAAGUCACAAUGAUAGAAGUCUAAGUGAACUGUAGUGCAAAUAAACAUAUCUAUGAAAUGUA